GGGAGCAUGGGAGAGGAUGGGGUCCCAGGACAGACACGCAGGGUCAGGAAGGGGGAGGGGCAGGGGCCUGGACAGGCAGGGGAGUGCACAGCGGCCAGGCCCACACAAGGGUGGACCCGGAGGGCAGUGUGGCUGGAAAGACCAGGCUUCUCACUCGGCCACCCCCAGGCCUUACCCCAGCUGCAGGAUGGGACAGGCUAGGCGCCCUGCCUGGGAGCCCGAGCAUGUGCCCUGCGCCAUCGAUGCCAGCCAGCUUUCAUCCACCCUGGUGGGCCAAGUCCUCCACCACUUGGUCCAGGAGGAGCACCUGGGGCCCACGGUGGCAGAGCUGGAAGAACCACGGCAGACGCAGCUGGCUCCAGAGACACGGGGAGGGCCGGCUUCUUCGCCUGAGCCGGUCCAGGAGCUCCCUGAGACCCCUGUGCUGGAGCGACGGCCGGUGUCACCUGCUUCCGCCCCUGCAGAGCCGGAGGAUGUCCCAGCAGUGGCCUCAGCCCAGGGGCCAGGCCCUGAGCUGGAGCCCCAUGAGCCCUCGGGCCUGGGGCCCAGGGCACUUGCUGGAAUGGCACCAGGUGUGGCAGAGCCAGGUCCAGGUCCAGAGCCCACCGGCCCCUGUGCUGCGAGCCCCUGGGACAUCCCAGGACUGGUCUCAGGCCCCGAGCUGGAGCCCCGUGAGUCCUCGGGUGCGGGGCCCGUGUCACCUGCAGGAAUGGCACAGGGCCUGGCAGAGCCAGAGGUGGUCCUGGAGCCCACCAGCCCCUGUGCCGUGAGCACCCGGGAUUUGCCGAGGGAGAGGGUGCGGACCAUCCUGGCGUUUGCCCCACGCCUGGUGGCCGAGCAGCUGACCCUGAUGUGUGCGGAGCUGUACAGUAGGGUUGAAUGUGGUGAAUGCAAGGUCUACGUAGAGAGACAACCACUGAGGGAAGCCAUUGUGCUCCUGGCCCCCAACAUCCUUAACGUCAUCAGGCAGUUUGGUACCACGUUUCAUUGGGUCAUCUCCUCCUGCCUGAGGGCCCCAAGCAGGAUGGCCCAGGACAGGGCCCGAGUGGUGGAAUUCUGGAUCCAGGUGGCCAAGGAGUGUCUGGCUCUCAGAAAUUUCGAGUCCUUCCGUGCCAUCAUCUUCGCCCUGCAGCGCCCUCCUGUACGUCGCCUGGAGAGCACCUGGGCACAUGUUUCCUGUGAGGACCCAGGGGACAGACCCCCGGUCAGGGCUGGGGAUGGCGUGGCGUCGGCAGCAGGGUUGGGGCCCGUGGCUGAGCAACGUCGGCUUGUCCCCUGGGUCCUCUGA